CCUCUUUUGGUCUGAAAUGAAAAUGACAUCCUGUGUUGCUUCCUGACUGUAAAGCCGCAGGUGUGGCUCUAGGUAAUCAAUGUACUGAGUCAGAUCCCAGGAAGAGACGAAGAUUAAAGGACGCUGCUGGCGGCGUCCAUUUUAAUCUACAAACAAGAACACAAUGGUGGAAGAUACAAGACAGCCGAAAAAUGCCACAUCCCUCCAGGCUGGACCUGGUGAGGUGGACCACAACACUCACUAUCCCAUCAAUAGGAGAGUUACCCAGCGCAUUGGACAACAGCUGGCUCAGAUAGGGGAUGAACUGGAUAAUAAAUGGCGUGAACAACUUGUCAUCCAACGUCCCAUGCAUUGGAAUAUAGGGAUAUAUACUUACAAUCAAACCAGAAGAGCAAUCUUUGGCAGGAUCCUUGGGAACUUUUGGGGGUCCAAAAUUAAACCGAUGCUGAGAACAUCCUGGCUGAUUCCACAACUUCAUAAUGGCUGUCAAGAAGCUAGGAAGUGGACAACACAAUGGGUGUCCCCCUUGCACAUUUCUGACUGUUCACGCAAGACUGCAUUUUUGCUGGCCUCUGCUUUGCUAUUGGUCACUGUGUCUCUCUUUUAUGCAAUUUGGAAUUAAUCUUUAAGUUAAAUGACACACUGGGUGGGUGGGU